AUGUAUUCCCACAGAUUCUCAUGGCCGGCAGACACAGCCUCCCAGGUGAUCAUCACUGGCGAGUGGGACGACUGGAAUGGAACCCACUACCUCAAGAACACCGGCGAUAUUUUCGAAACCGAAAUCCAGUUUGAAGACGAUAGCUUUGAGGCUGGACACAGAGUAGCCUAUAAAUACAUCGUCGACGGGGUGUGGCUCGCCGAUCCAAAGGAACCAAAGUGCAAAGACGAGCGAGGCUUUGAGAACAACUGCUUCAUCUUCCCGGAGGCCAAAAAGAAGAGCUACACGGACCUAUCGCCCCAGGAGGUGCUUGCCUCCAUUGGUGAUCACAAUGCCAAUGGCAAAGCUCCCAGUGCGUCCGCCCCUCCAGCUGGAGCUGGAGCUGGAGCGUCGCCUCAGAACGCGGACAAGUCACUUCUCGCGCUGCAGAGCGACGAAACGGCCAUCAACCUCCUGCCUGAUGUCGCCCAGAUCAUCUCCAAGGUCGCAGAGAGGGCAGGCAAUCGCGAGAUGGCCGCAGCAGUCAGAGGUGCCGAAGGCAUCCACAAGCUGAAGGCCCCAUUGAACGCCACCGAUACAGAGAUCGAGGCUAUCGGAGCUGCUCUCGAGAACAUGGGCACCGAAUCCAAGAAGGACAAGAAGAAGAGGCUCGCUGUCCUCGAAUCUUUCAAGAGAUUCUUUCGAAGAUCAUCUCGUGCUCCCAAUCCCGUGAAUCUCGCCGAAUAG